CCGGGGCCGCCAUGGGGGCGCAGGACCGGCCGCAGUGCCACUUCGACAUCGAGAUCAACCGCGAGCCGGUUGGUCGUAUAAUGUUUCAGCUCUUCUCAGAUAUAUGCCCAAAAACAUGCAAAAACUUCCUUUGCCUAUGCUCAGGAGAGAAAGGCCUUGGGAAAACAACUGGGAAGAAGUUAUGUUAUAAAGGUUCUACAUUCCAUCGUGUGGUUAAAAACUUUAUGAUCCAGGGUGGGGACUUCAGUGAAGGGAAUGGAAAAGGUGGAGAAUCUAUUUAUGGUGGAUAUUUUAAAGAUGAGAACUUUAUUCUCAAACAUGACAGAGCGUUCCUUUUGUCAAUGGCAAAUCGAGGGAAACAUACCAAUGGUUCCCAGUUUUUCAUUACCACGAAACCUGCUCCGCACCUAGAUGGGGUGCAUGUUGUCUUUGGACUAGUUAUUUCUGGCUUUGAAGUAAUUGAACAAAUUGAAAAUCUGAAAACUGAUGCUGCGAGUAGACCAUAUGCAGAUGUGAGAGUUAUUGAUUGUGGGGUGCUUGCCACAAAAUCAACAAAAGAUGCUUUUGAGAAGAAAAGGAAGAAAACAACUCAUUCAGAAGACUUGGAUUCCUCUUCCAGUUCCUCAUCCUCUUCAGAGUCAUCUUCAGAAAGUGAAAUUGAACAUGAGAGAAAUAGAAAAAGAAAACAUAAAAGGAGACCAAAAGUUAAACAUGCUAAAAAGAGACGAAAGGAAGCAAGCAGUUCGGAAGAGCCAAGAAAUAAACAUAUAUUGAGCCCAAAAGGGAGUGAUGCCAAUGAAAAAAAGUCAGUUGAUUCAAAUGCUAAAAGGGAGAAGCCUGUAGUUCGCCCAGAAGAGAUUCCUCCAGUGCCUGAGAACCGAUUUUUACUGAGAAGAGACAUGCCUCCUGUCACAGUGGAACCUGAACCGAAGAUUCCUGAUGUUACACCCACUGUAAGUGAUCAGAAACCAUCUGUAUCAAAGUCUGGACGGAAGAUCAAAGGAAGGGGUACAAUACGUUAUCACACACCUCCAAGAUCAAGAUCUUGUUCUGAAUCAGAUGAUGAUGAUAGCAGUGAGACUCCUCCUCACUGGAAAGAGGAAAUGCAGAGAUUAAGAGCAUACAGACCACCUAGUGGAGAAAAGUGGAGUAAAGGAGAUAAGUUAAGUGACCCCCGUUCAAGUCGAUGGGAUGAAAGAAGUUUGUCACAGAGAUCCAGAUCAUGGUCCUAUAAUGGAUAUUAUUCUGAUCUUAGUACAGCAAGACAUUCUGAUGGUCACCAUAAAAAACGCAGAAAAGAUAAAAAGGUUAAGCAUAAAAAGAAAGCUAAAAAGCAGAAACAUUGCAGAAGACACAAACAGAUUAAAAAGAGAAGGAUUAUUAUGCCAUCUGACAUAGAGUCCUCAAAAUCUUCCACUCGAGGAAUGAAAUCCUCUUGUGAUAGGGAAAGGAGAUCUUCUUCUUCAUUAUCAUCUCAUCAUUCAUCUAAGAGGAACUGGUCUAAAUCUGAUAAGGAUGACCGGAGCUCUUCAACUCAUUCCAGCAGAGAAUCCUAUAGGUCAAAAUCUCAUUCACAGUCUUAUUCUAGAGGAAGUUCAAGGUCAAGGACUCUCUCAAAAUCUUCAUCACAUUCUCGAAGUAGAUCAAAGUCCAGAUCUAGUUCCAAGUCAGGGCACCAAAGGACAGUAUCAAAAUCACCAAGAAGAACAACCUCUCAAUUAAGUGAAAAUAAACCAGUUAAAACAGAACCUUUAAGAGCAACAGUGCCACAAAAUGAAAAUGCUGUAGCACAACCAGUGGUGGCAGAAAAUAUCCCUGUAAUACCACUGAGUGAUAGUCCCCCUCCUUCAAGGUGGAAACCAGGUCAGAAGCCCUGGAAACCCUCUUAUGAGCGAAUUCAGGAAAUGAAAGCUAAAACAACCCAUUUGUUGCCCAUUCAAAGCAACUAUAGUUUAGCAAAUACUAAAGAAACUAGUAGUUCAGCAUUAUAUCAUAAAAGGGGGAAAAAUUCAGAAAGUGAUCAGAGUAUUUAUUCAAAAUACAGUGAUAGAAGUUCAGAAAGUUCAGGAAGGUCAAGAAGCAGAUCUUCUAGGAGUAGAUCUUACUCUAGAUCUUACACAAGGUCUCAAAGUCUGGCUAGUUCACAUUCUAGAUCUAGGUCACCUUCGUCUAGAUCUCAUUCACGAAAUAAAUACAGUGAUCAUUCACAGUCUAGUGGGUCAUCAUCAUAUUCUUAUAGCAGUGAUGAUGGAAGACACAUCAAAAGAAAGUUCAGAUCUAGUGGGGGGAAAAAUAGUACUUCAAAUAAAAAGCACAGAAGUGGCUCUGAGAAGACACUUGGCAGUAAAUACAAAUCUUCAGGUCAAAGAAAGUAUAAUGAAAGUAGAUCAUCUUUAGAUUAUUCGACAGACAGUGGACAGGUUACACAAUCAGCUCACAGGAAAGAGAGGCACAACCAAAUGGAAAUGAAAAACAAACAAGAGAAAAAGAGGGAUGAAGAGAAGUCCAAAUCUGAAAGGGAAGGUCCUCAUUCAAAAAAGAGAAGUAUAAAAGAGACUCUUUCUGAUAAUUUUAGAAAUGGCAGUAAAUCCAAAAAGAAGAAUUAUGCUGGAAGUAAGUGGGACUCUGAAUCAAAUUCAGAACGAGACUUAACUAAAAACAUUAAAAUUAACUCCCGACCAUCUUCUGACAAAGAAGAAGGUGAAGCCACAGAUUCUGAAUCAGAGUUUCUUGAAAUGCGCAUCAAAACUAAGCCCACAAAGUCUUCAGCAAAUGCUUCAUUGCCUGAUGAUAAUUAUACUUGGAAGUCAAGUAAACAGCAAUCUUCUACUUCUGAUUCUGAGGGCUCCUAUUCUAGUUCAGAAAACAGGAGAGGAGAACUACGGAGGCACAAGCAUGGGUCAAAGGAAAACUCUAAAAGGGAACACAACAGAAAAAUGAAAGAGAAAUUAAAAGGGAAAAAAGACAAAAAACAUAAAGCUCCAAAAAGAAAACAAGCAUUUCAUUGGCAGCCUCCACUAGAAUUUGGUGAAGAAGAAGAGGAGGAAAUAAAUGAAAAGCCAGUUACUCAGGAAUCAAAAGAGAAAAACGACAUUUCUGAAAACAGUGAAACCAUAAAAGAAAAUAUUCCCAAAAUUGAGGCUCCAUGUGAAGGCAGCAACGUUUUGAAUAAAUAUAAUACAAGAGCUAUUUCAUUACAUACUGAUCAGCCUUUGAAAGAUGAUUGUAAACUCAGCAUUUCUCCCAAAGCUAUAAACACUGAGGAAAAUGUAACCAUUUGUUCUCCAAACAUUCAUCACAUUGAAGAAGGCAUCCCAGGUGGAGUAGAGGAUGUGCUUCAAAGAGAUGACAACAUGGAAAUUUGCACUCCUGACAGAAGUUCCCCGGCAAAGGUUGAGGGGGCUUCCCCUCUUGGAAAUUCAAAGCCUGACACCACAGAGGUAAGCAUUGUUCUGAAGCAGGAUUUGCAAAUGGAACAUUCUGAUGCAGUGCAGAUAAGACUGGAGAGCAGCAUGACUGAAAGCAAAACGACAGUUGAAGUGGGGAAACAGGAAAACAGUUCUGUUGGUUUGUCCAGUGCUGUAGAGAGCACUGUGAACAAGGAGGGACCUGAGAAGAGUCAGGUCAGCCUCGUGGAUAACAAAUGGAAGCCCCUGCAGGGUGUGGGGAACCUGGUGACUUCAACUGCCACAACACUCAACACUGUAGAAGUUAAAACAUUGACUACUGCGUCUGAAAUGAAACCACAAGGCUUGAGAAUAGAAAUUAAAAGCAAAAAUAAAGUUCGACCUGGCUCUCUUUUUGAUGAAGUAAGAAAGACAGCACGUUUAAACCGGAGACCAAGAAAUCAGGAGAGUUCAAGUGAUGAGAAGACACCUAGUCGGGAUGGCGAUAGCCAGUCCCGGAGUCCAAGCAGAUCUCGAAGUAAAUCGGAAACCAAAUCAAGACACAGAACAAGAUCUGCCUCCUACAGUCACUCAAGGAGUCGUUCUCGAAGUUCCACAUCAUCUUACCGAUCCAGGAGCUACUCUAGGAGUUGGAGCAGAGGGUGGUACAGUAGAGGCCGCACAAGAAGCCGUAGCAGCUCUUACCGCAGUUACAAAAGUCACAGGACAUCCAGCAGGAGCAGAUCAAGGAGCAGCUCUUAUGAUGCCCACAGUCGAUCCAGGUCCUACACUUAUGACAGCUACUAUAGCCGAAGCCGGAGUCGAAGUAGAAGUCAGAGGAGUGACAGUUAUCACCGAGGCAGAAGUUACAAUAGGCGGUCCAGGAGUUGUAGGUCUUAUGGCUCUGACAGUGAAAGUGACCGAAGUUACUCUCAUCACCGGAGUCCCAGUGAAAGCAGCAGAUAUAGUUGAAAAUGUCCCUUUUUGAUACAAAUUAUACUUAUUUGUAAAUAUCUGGUAACUUAAAAGUUUUAAGAAAUUUAA